UUUUCGGGUUCAUCUGUUCACUCAUGCACCAAACACGUGACUAACUUCUCAAAACAGCGAGGCUUUGCACAUCAUCGAUGAUGUCAUUUUCAUAUAACGGAUCAUGCAUUAAUACGCGUUCGCAAAUUACUUCCUCGGACCAAAGUGUCCCAACGCUAAUGUGAUAGAACAUUAUGUUGCAGUGGUGUAAUUGGAGAUUUGUGAAAACGUUUCAGAAGUCUCCACUUGCACCACAGAAAGUCACUGGAUUCAUUUGUUAUGGUCGUGAAAGCCGUACCACGUAUUUGCAGGAGACAGAACCAAGCUUCCAGAACAAGGCCCGAGUACAAAUCCUGGCCGAGCUGGAGAAAGAAAGGGAGCGCUUAAUGCAGAAUCAGACUGUGAGCACUCCAGGAGCCAGCAUCCCAAUAGCCCGUCACAGCAUGAAAGACUUCCGGGAUAGUGCCGAGCAGCAGCACAUUGUUGCCCAGCAGAAAGCUGCCUUGCAGCACGCACACGCACACUCGUCAGGCUUCUUCAUCACUCAGGACUCGUCAUUCGGCAACCUCAUCCUCCCUGUGCUUCCUCGCCUGGAGCCCGAGUCGUGACCGUUGGCCACAACGCGUGCGCACGUGAACCACGUCUCACUUCCAAGUUUCCUCUUUGGGUCUUUAUCCUGACACUGAUCUCUGGGAAGUUGGAAUCCAUUGCAGUUAUUUUGGAAAAAACAACACAAAAAGUCCCUUUCGACAUGUUUUAACACUGGGAUUUUAAUCUUGUAUACUGUGUAUGCAAAUAUGUGACACCUUUUAUUGCCACGAUUGCCAUGAUUUGCAAAUUUAGGGUUAAUUUCCUCCAUCUUCCUUUAAUUGUUUGUAAUGCUGUUUGGAAAAUAAAAUAUUCAUACUCAA